AUGGCCCGAGCAAAGGAGUAUAUGCCUGCUAUUGCUAUGGUGGCCGUGCAGGCGGGCUAUGCCGGUCUCAAUAUCCUCCCGAAACUCGCUCUCGACUCCGGAAUGAGCCCAUACGUAAUGAUCGCCUAUCGUCAGAUCAUCGCCACUCUCGCCCUCGCUCCCUUCGCCUUUUUCCUCGAAUGUCUCGUCCCUAAAGCAAGUGUGGGUCCGAUGCCGGUGGAUAGUCUCACUAAGUUCCACCGAGGGGUUAUUUAUGCCGCAAAUCGCUUUCUUUGCAGAAUAGCAACGCAGUUAAUUACCAUAAUCUGCUUGCUAGGAAACUCGGAGUGUAUGAAGAUUAUACUCGCAAAUACUCUACUCAAAUAUUGGUCUAGCUCCACUUCGGGUUACGGAAGUGAACUAUCCAAUUCGCCGGAGAAAGCACUUCCGGCAUGA